AAUUGCAAAGAAGUUCAACACAGAUUUUAAACACACAGAAAGAAAGCAUUUUUACACAUAGACACAGAGAGAAAGCGAGUCAGCCAUGGCAGCUCGCAAGAGAGCUCAAACAGCCACAACCACAGAGCAAGAGAAACCCAAAUCCCAAGACCCCACAACAGCAACAACAAAAACUGCUACUACUACUACUACUUCUUCAAAUGAGCCUCCAACUGCGCCACUGAAAUCCAAGACAAGUUUCAUUCUCAAGCUCUCGCUUUUGCUCCUAGCUCCUUACUUCUACCUCAUCUUCCACCACUACAACAUCGACCGCGACCUCAAGAAAUCCAUCCUCAUCAAUGCUGUGCUCAGCCUUGUUGGGUUCUUCGUUACCGUCAAGAUCAUACCUGUCGCUUCCAGAUACGUCCUCAGGCGCAAUCUCUUUGGCUACGACAUCAACAAGAAGGGUACCCCUGGAGGCACUCUCAGAGUGCCUGAAUCAUUGGGUAUAGUUGUUGGAAUUGUUUUCUUGGUCGUGGCCAUCUUAUUUCAGUAUUUUAACCUCACAUCAGAUUCAAAUUGGCUUGUCGAGUACAACGCGGCAUUAGCAUCCAUCUGCUUCAUGACAUUACUUGGGUUUGUUGAUGAUGUCCUUGAUGUCCCUUGGAGAGUGAAAUUACUGCUGCCAUCAGUUGCUGCUCUUCCUUUGUUAAUGGCCUAUGCUGGGCAUACAACUAUUAUUAUACCAAAGCCUCUCAUUCCAUAUGUUGGCCUAGAGAUUCUUGAUCUAGGAUGGAUAUAUAAACUAUAUAUGGGGCUUUUGGCGGUUUUUUGUACAAACUCUAUAAAUAUCCAUGCUGGUUUGAAUGGACUUGAAGUUGGCCAAACAGUUGUCAUUGCAUCUGCUAUUUUGAUACACAAUAUCAUGCAAAUUGGAGCGACUACAGAUCCUGAAUAUAAGCAGGCCCAUGCAUUCUCUAUUUAUUUAGUUCAACCCUUCCUUGCAACGUCAUUGGCAUUACUUUCUUUCAACUGGUACCCUUCAUCAGUUUUUGUUGGAGAUACUUACACCUACUUUGCUGGGAUGACUAUGGCUGUAGUUGGGAUCUUAGGCCAUUUCAGUGAAACGCUCCUGGUUUUCUUUGCUCCCCAAGUUUUGAACUUCCUCUUAUCACUCCCGCAGCUUUCUGGUUUGGUUCCAUGUCCACGGCAUCGUCUGCCUAGGUUUGACCCAAAGACUGGACUACUAACUGGGACAAAUGACGGGACGCUUGUUAAUUUUACUUUAAGACUACUUGGCAGGAAGUCAGAAAAGUCACUUUGCAUUGUUCUUCUUGUUUUCCAGGCUAUUGCAUGCUGCCUCUGUUUCGCUCUGAGGUAUUUCCUCACUGGUUGGUACAAAUGAGGCGGCAAUGUCAAACAAAUGAUCUUCCUAGUUAUAUUUGUUAACAUCUGGUUAACUUUGCUUACUUGCUGGAUAUGUAGUAAUAUGACCUCUUGCUGUAAAGGUGGUUAAAAUACCAAACGUAUUGGAGUACAUCUUUCACCUUAAAUGCAAGUAGCUUGCAAUUUUGACAUUUUUGGAGAUAAGUCUAAAUGACAAUGUACUGGUUAGAUUGAUUUAUAGUUACCUAAAUGUAUUGUGGCCUUGUGGCCCUGGGAGAGAGUAGAGGAAAUCCUGGCCGAGUUUAUCUUUCUGGAAAUCCAAGAUAGAGUUAAAGUCAAUGUCAGUGCUGAUAUUUCUAUUGUUAUACAACUACACCUGUGUUAUAUGAUUAGUGCUGAUAUUUCUCUUGUUAUACAACUACACCUUUGUUAUA